AUGUUACACAAUGUUAAUGAAUCACAGGAUUUCUUAGAUAAACAAAUAAUUGAUCAAUUAUCAUGCGAAUUGCAUAACGAUGAAGAUAAAAAAAUAAUUGAAGAAUUAUGCGAAUUGCAUGAAAAUGAAUCAUUCAAAGGAAGUUAUGAUUUUGAAUUUAUUACUUCAAUAGAAAAAUAUUUGGCAAGAAAUCAAAUAAAGCGCGAAAUCUAG